UUAUGAGUGCGAGCAAUGGCGGUAUCCGUUGUUGUGUGCUUGAGUUGAGGUACAUUAUCGAUCAAUCCGUAGCAGUGGUUCCCCUGCUCAAAAUCACUCUCGUUAGAGUCUAUGCAGUCUGAAGAAGAAUUUGCAGAUUUCUAGGGGUGCCAAUAAUUCAUUGCAACUCAUUUUCGAUCUUAGAUAGGUGGAAAGAAAGGGAUGUGAAGUAGUCUUUGACCUGGAUUCCUACUUGGUGCACUGGAGAUAGUUAUCACAUUGCACUGACAUUUUUUUGCAGUUUCUAUUUGUGGCGCGUUACUGCAGAAUCGCAUGUGGAAGCGAACUCGUCUGUAUCGUCGAACGUGCUAGGAUACCUUAGAAUUGCAGUGGAAGCGCAACGACAGGGUGUAAUUCAAACUUGUGUUGAGAACCUCAACACCUUCUAUCGUUAGAUGCUUCACGGGAUUUGGAAACCAAUUCAGUUCCGCGGAACGGAGGAACGAUGAUCCGCGACGUGUUGACCCAGGGGAUAGUGAAAGAGUUUCAGCGCUCUUUGAGCAUUGACAAGUCGCCGCUGCGAGAAAUCACCAAAAGCUCACUUAGAUAUGGGUUGAUGGCCGGACGUAAUUCACACAAAGCAGCGAUCAACUGGGUUUACGUCUUCAUUGCUAUUUUUCUCACGCUUAUGGCUGGAAAUUCGCUCUACCACUCUUCCAUACACACCGUGCAAUCGGCAGUAUCGCCAUCGAACACUCCGACUUCGCAUUCCACCGCCAUCCACGUCGCGCAUCUUGCCCUGAAGCUUUCUGAAUUGCAGGAGAAGGUCCACAAAGCAUCUGUUAAUGCUGAAGUAAUUGUCAACAAAGGCUUCGCAUCUUCCUUACCAACUGCGCUCGCGGAUUUGAAGCUCGAGAGAACUCGGAGCUGGAAUGUGCUCGAGAAGAUCACAAUAGAGCUUAGCGAAGUAGCCAAGGUUGUUGAGGAGCUGAAGCAAUCACAGUCCGGAAGUCAGAAUCCGAUAGAUUUGCAUGCCAAUGAAUUCUCUGACUAUGUCUCCAAGGGCGACAUUGGGAUUGCGUCUGUGGAGAAUGCGAGGCCAACUACUCCUGUGCAAUCGCAAGAGGGCAAAGAGAAGAACUCGGACCCCUUUUACGACUUCUUCGACCGGGAGGAAAUUCGCAAUUACAUCAAGGUGAGGGAGAAUCGAGGAGAAGUCAAGAACUUCAUGGGUGUGAAUGCAACCUACGGCACAAUCGGACACGCCUGCGUGACCAACAAAGCCCUCCUGGAGAAGUACAUGGAUUACGACAUAGGGGAGGUUUGCAGGGACGAUUGGGUGAUCGCUCAGCAGCUCAUCAUCCGGGGAUGCGAUCCUCUUCCACGCAGGCGAUGCCGCGUGCGGGGUCCGAAAUCGUACAAGCCACCAUUUCUCUCAAAUGCGUCCUUGUGGACAAUUCCCGCCGAUGAAAACAUCCGGUGGGAUAAUUAUUAUUGCAAGAAUUUUUCAUGUCUUGCAGAUUAUAAACAUCGAAAGAAAUUUUUCAAAUGCAGUCCCUGCUUCGACUUACAGAUCCUUGAGAAGAAGCGCUGGGUGGUACCGAAUACCACCGACGCCGAGUUUCUAAUCAAGGAUGUCCUCGCGCUCAAGCCUGGGGAGAUCCGCAUCGGGGUGGACUACUCGAUGGGGACCGGCACCUUCGCAGCGCGCAUGAAGGAGCACGACGUCACCAUUGUUUCGGCGACGCUUAACUUAGGCGCGCCGUUAAGCGAGACGAUUGCCCUUCGUGGCCUCGUCCCGCUCUACAUCUCAAUUAACCAGCGCCUUCCGUUUUUCGACAGCACUCUGGACAUUGUACACACCACUCUUUUUCUGGAUGGGUGGAUUGACCACCAGCUCUUGGAUUUCAUCCUCUUCGACUUCGAUCGCGUCCUACGCCCAGGAGGCCUACUUUGGCUGGACAGAUUCUUUUGUUACCAGGAGGAGCUCGCUGAGUAUGUAUUCUACUUCAAACGUCUCCGUUACAAGCCGCUCAUGUGGGUUACCAUUCCGAAGGUCGACAAGGGGCGAAAUGAAGUCUACCUCUCUGCUGUGUGGGAAAAACCCCUCACUCCAUUCUAGAGCAAUGCACUAUUCAAAUGAUCACCAACUCGACCAUUUCCAUCAGAUUUUUCCCCUCCAAUUGUAGUAUCUCUGCCUCUGUCGCUGACCGCGAAGACGGAACAAUACGAUCGAUAGACCAAAGUAGACAUUCACGGCACACAAAGGCCUCUUUGAUCGGUAGGUUUGUCAACCUUGCGUUGACGUUUGACACGUUGAUGAGUGUUAAACUUGAGUCCGGAAAAAUGUAAAUGCAUAUCAGUGCAUCUUCCAGUUUUGUGGAGAAAACUUGGAGCGGAAGUUUCCGGCGUUGAAGUAAAAUUUGCCUGCCUUAAGUGGGCGUGUAUACUCCUUGUUUAUCCAAACCCCUGUGGUGUUGUCAA